AUGGAUCUGAGCUCGCUGGAACGACCGGCAGUUCUCUGUCAAUGUCUCAGAUGCUCUAGCUCGCUGGCUGUGCUAGAGAAUGAGUGGGGCAAGCUCUCCAGCGUUUACGCCGUCCCAACGGCAUGGCUGAGUGUCAACUUGCAGCGAAUCUCGGUUGCACAGGAACAAAAGCAUAUUCCCCAAACUUCGGAGAUGAGCAUGCUUCGUGGCCGGUUUGCACAGGAGGUAUCAUGUAAACUAUGCCAGCAGAAAUUGGCUGUCCUCUGCGGACUGGAUGAUGGCCCCCAUGUUCUCUGGAAGAUGUCAAAAGUGUCGUUCAGAGACAUUGUUACCAUGCGGACGGCUGAGCCGUUAUUCAAAGACGGCGCUCUCGACAAAUUAUUCCAGCCCCGGUCGGCGGCUGAACCUUUCCGCCAAUCUGUUCAACCGAUGGACGAGAAUGCUCUGGUCCCUACAAGCUCGCAAGAUAUGGUCUCCAUGGAACCAUCGAUGCAUCGGCAGAUGCAACACCACAAUCGGAGCAUAGACCAGAUCUCAAAUUCGGUGAACACCUUACACGAUACCAUGGCCGAUUUGAAACAUUCGUUCACAUCACUCCGACUAGAAUUGAAUGCCCCGAGCCGAAAUUUAAUUGACAACGAUAGAAUGAAAGGGCCAGGAUUCGACAUGAUAGCGACCGUUCUCAAGGAACUGAAAUGCAAAUCAGAGGAAAACGAGAAGAUGAAACUGGAGAUGGAGACCCUAAAACUGAAGAAUCGAAUGAUGGAAGAAUACCGGAUAAAGAGCCCUGCCCCUCAAGUUGAUGUCCCAGAUCAGUUGACAGAGGUCCAAAGUCCUGGUCUGCUUCAAGCCGGCAAGAAGCGCGCAUGGCCAGACGCAUUUACGGCGGGUCGCGCACCUACAGUGGCAGACUCCUUCGACGAAGACGACAUGGCUGACGAUUUGACGCUGGACAAUCUGCCAGAUGGCAACAGCCGAGUCUCGGCUCUACCUGUGGGACGACAGCUUCCGUCCAGGCCGGCGCAGUCUCAAAUCCAAUAUGAAAUCAACCAGACAAGUGAAAAAACCGUCAACCGCCAACCACAACCAAGUGGACCGAAACGGCAGCGACUCAACCCUCAAAAGGAGGAUACGGCGCUCGGCGGUUCUAGAAAAGUUGGUCGGCCGCGAAAGUCGAACGGCCCUCAAAAAGACGCAGAACCCUCGCCCGCGCCCGCGCCAGCAGUGCUGGCGGGAUCCGAAACCUCAACACAGGUACCCUUGGCUCCUGCCAGUCCAGAACCACCGACUGCGAAAAGGCGACGGCUGCGACGGAGUACACGUUCCCAAUCGUUUGGGCUGAACACAACUGCGCAGAAUGAAGUCACGGAAUCUUCGACCCUGAAUUUGGAUCCGGCCUUGUCUCAAGAGACAGGUCAGGAUGUCCCUCAAGCAAAGGACAAGACACAACCAUCUGCUUCGACUGAAUCCAUCCAGGAGGCAGCAAGGAUGACUGAUGCGGCCCGGCAGUUUGAGGAAGAGAAACGGAAGGCGAAGAUCGCGGCACGGGAUGCCCAAAUUCGAAGAGUUAUGGAGCAGGAGGAAGAAAUGGAGACCGAUGGAUCCCGAUGA